AUGUCGAGUCAUAUUUCUCUAGUUAUAACCGGUUCUCGUAUUCUUACUUCUGAUUCAAUUGAUCCUUUGCCUGCUACUAUUGAAAUUGAUAAAAAUGGACAUAUUAGUGCUAUUUUCUCCAAAAUAUCUUCUUUCGAUUCUUACACUUUUUUAGAAAAAAAUCAAUUCAUCGAUGCUGGUAAUAAUGUUGUUAUGCCUGGAAUUGUGGAUACUCAUGUCCACUUGAAUGAGCCUGGCAGAACUGAUUGGGAAGGUUUUGAAACCGGGACCAAAGCUGCUGCUGCUGGUGGAGUAACUACAAUUAUUGAUAUGCCAUUAAAUUCAAUUCCUCCAACUACUACCGUUAAUAAUUUGAUGCAAAAAACCGAUGCGGCUAAAGGAAAAUGUUGGGUGGAUGUUGGUUUUUAUGGUGGGAAUGAUUUGGUCCCUUUAAUAAACGCAGGCGUUAAAGGAUUCAAAGGUUUUUUGAUAGAUAGUGGAGUCGAUGAAUUUCCUUGUGUAAAUGAGCAAGAUGGUCAAAAUUCAGUAUUUAUGUUUCAUGCUGAAAUGGAACUUGUCAACGGAGAUAAUAAAUCUCAAGAGAUAUCUGAUGAAAUUCUUUCUUGUUAUGAUCGAUUUCAUCAAUCUCGACCACAAUCUCUUGAAAUUAAUGCUAUUACUUUAAUUUCCCGACUUGCUAAGGAAUAUAAUACUGUACGCUCUCAUAUAGUUCAUUUGUCAGCCGCAAAUGCUAUUGAUAUAAUCCGUAAAUCCAAAUCAGAUGGUGUUCCAUUAUCUGUUGAAACAUGUUUUCAUUAUUUGUCCUUAUCUGCUGAAGAAGUGCCACUAGGUAGGACGGAUUUUAAAUGCGCUCCUCCUGUCAGAGAAAAAACAAACCAAGAGAAACUUUGGCAAGCUUUGCUUGAUGGUACAAUUGAUUUUGUUGUAUCUGAUCAUUCUCCGUGUACAUUAGACCUUAAAUUUCUAGAUGAAAAACCAGAAGAUAGAGAUUUUUUAAAAGCUUGGGGUGGCAUUUCUACAUUGCAAUUUGGAUUACCAGUUUUAUGGACAGAAGCAAAAAAACGUGGUUGCAGUUUUCAUAAUUUAACUACAUGGUUAUCAAAAAACACUGCUAAACACGUUGGUUUACAAGAAAAAAAAGGUGACCUCAAAGUGGGAUAUGAUGCGGAUAUUGUAAUUUGGGAUCCUGAGAAAACCUUUGAAGCUACACCAUAUAUGGGAAGAACUUUUUAUGGUGUAGUUAAACAAACAAUUGUAAGAGGAAACAUAGUUUAUAAUGCUGAAAAUGGUGGCAUUAUCGAUACUCCGUAUGGUGAUCUCUUGGUUUAA